GAGUUUUAAGACAGAAAUUAGAUGUCAGAAACAAACGAGACGCGUCUCAUGACGUAUCACUGCCGGACAUGACGCGUUUUGAAAGCGCCGUUUCUAUGACGCUUACUACGGCAGGCCGUUUCCGUCGGGCGGCAAUAUGCGCCAGCGCCAACUGCUGUGACCUGUGCGGUCCUGGCGCUAAGGUUUCUCGCUGCUGACCUCCCUUCUCUUGGCGACUGGAGGUCGCUAAGUUCCAUAAGUAGACACUAUAACCUUGGUUCUUGUGCUGAUUCACUGCCCCCUGCUCGGUGCCUGUGUCCUCUCAGUUGUCCGUGGUCGCGAUCAUAGACGAACUUUGCGGUGCUUGUCAGCAGAUAAAUGCAGAACAGAAGUAUGAGCUCACUGCACAGGCAGGUGCGUCAGCUGCUUGCGACAUCGAAGUGGAGGAGGAGGGUGGAUAUUCCUCUUUACCCCAGCAGUGGCUUUCUCUUCAGGAGCAUCUCCUCUACCACUUCAGAAACAGACCCCAUAGAGAUCCACAAGAGGAAGCUUUUCCUGUGGUUCAGUCACCUACCGCAAGAAGAGAAACAGUUUGGAGGUUAUUUCAGCCCAGAGACAAUGCACGUGGAUCCACUGAUUCUAGAAAGGAAGCCAGAGGAGAGGGUGGGAUUUCUCCCCUCCCCUCUCCAAACACCAACCACCUGCAACCCCUCUGUAACCCUGGAACAGCUGUUUGAGCCCACUCAUGCCUGGAGUGAGGACCAGGGGCUCAAUGUGCUUCUGUAUGGGGCUGUGGGGACGGGCAAGAGCACUGUGGUCCGGAAACUGGUGCUGGACUGGUGCAGUGGGUCCACGCUGCAACAAUUCAAGCUGCUGGUACCUUUUUCUUGUGAGGACCUCAGUCAGCUGUCAAAGGCGGCUUCUUUAAGGGACCUGGUGAGCAGGAAGUACCUGCACCUGAAAAAGCACCCCAUGCUAAGCGGGGAGGGGAACCAGGCUAACAGUGUACUCUUCCUCUUCAACGGCAUGGAGAAGAUGAACCUGGACUUUCGUAUCGGAUCCACAGAACUCUGCAGUGAUCCAAAUGAGGCACUGCCUCCCAGUGGAGUGUUAGUGAAUCUGCUAAGGAAGUACCUCCUGCCUGAGGCCAGCAUCCUGGUUACCACCAGACUGUCUGCCCUUGACCGCAUCCCUCAGAAGUAUGUCACCCGCUAUGCACAGAUUUUUGGCUUCGAUGAUCCAGACCGCCAGCGCGCCUACUUUACCAGCCGCCUUUUGCAGCAUAGUGGAGAGGCUGCAUGUAACCAGGGGGCCCACAACCUCAUCGAGCUGCUUUACCUCAACCUUCAAGGCAAAAGCCAGCUGGCUGCAGCCUGCUUCCUCCCCUCCUACUGCUGGCUCACCUGUGCUUCAUUGCACUUCCUCCACUUCACCGAUGCUAACACUCCCAUUCGAACGCUGACUGGCAUCUACACCAGCUUCCUCAGGCUGAACUUUGGAGGUGAGGUCCUGGGCACAGGAAUGGGGACCAACGUGCCGAUUCAGGAGCACCAAAGUUCUCUGAUGCUGUACGUCGUUCGCACUGUGGGAAAGGUGGCAUUUGAUGGUGUGACAAACAAACGCACAUCGUUCUCUGAGAAGGAGCUGGAGCAGUGGAUUGGGGGGAAGACUAAGACCGAUGAGGAGCUACGGCAGCUGGCCAUGUUUCGGACUGAUGUGCUGGACUUCUUCCUGGUUCCCAGUGUAGAGAGUGGGAAGAACUGCGUGGAUGCAGCCGGUGAGCCUGACCAGAAGCAGUAUGUAUUUGCUGUUCCAGCCAUGCAGGAGUACUUGGCAGCUCUCUACGUGGUUCUAGGGGAGAACAAAUCAGCUCUGGAGAAGAUCACCAACCAGUUGUCAAUGGCCAUUGGUCAGGCAAGUGAGGAUUUCAUUGCCUUCUUCAACAUACUUUCUAAGUUUAUCCCCCUUCGGAUCUUUGCUGUCUUCAACCUCCUCAAGCUUUUUCCCAAGAUCUAUGAGAAAAUCAGCAGCUACAACAAAGGCAGCAUAGCCAGAACCAUGGCUGCUGAGUUGUUUCGCACCGAGGACAGCUACAACGAGGAUGUCCUUGAUCAGGUGGAACAGAGCCUUCUGGGCGUCCAUGGCCCACAGACCAAGCAGCACAGUGAAGGCAAGCCUUUCGAGCUCUACCCCAUCUUCAUGGGUGGAUUGUUGCAUUAUGGGAAUCGUGUCCUUCUCCAGCAACUUGGCUGCAGCAUUCAGAGCACCACUGUGGCCCAGAUCACGCAAGCCCUCAGGAAAUACCUUGUCAGAGAGCUCAGCAAGCCCCAGCCACCAGACGAGCUGAUGGACCUGCUGAUCCUCCUGUACGAGUUUCAGAACCCAAGGCUGACUGCUGAGGUGCUGGCCUCAAUCAGAAGCAUCCCCCUCAACAGCAUCCGUAUGACGACGUUGAAAUGCUUUGUAGUGAGUGCAGUGCUGUCGUGUGCCCCAGAAAGCUACUGCCUUCACACCCUGGAUAUGUCCUCCUGUCUCCUCAACAAUGACAUGAUUCAGAUACUGCGUCCUGCUUUCAGACACACACGCAACCUCAAUCUGCAGUUCAACAACUUGGGCCCUGAGUCGUGCGUUGUUCUGAGAGACCUGCUACAAGACCCUGCGUGUUAUAUUAAAUCUCUACAGCUUUGUGACAACGCCCUGCUUGACUCUGGGGUGCACACCCUCCUGAAAGCCCUGCCGCAGAAUGAGUCACUGACGCACCUUUCUUUAAUGCACACUGGGAUGGGUGAGCAAGCUGCCAUGGAGCUGGCCGCAGCGUUGCCACAUCACACAGGGCUCCAGGAGCUCAAUGUGGCCUACAACAACAUUGGUGACAGAGCUGCUCUGGCUCUGGUGGACGCCUGCAGGGAGCAUCGCAGCAUUCACACCGUGCACUUGUAUCUGAACCCUCUCACUGACACUGGGAAGCAGUCCCUCUAUGCCCAGGGUGUGCCCAAGAGCAGUGAUACUGGCCAACGGGUAAAGGUCCUCGCUUCAGUCACCGAGGGUGCAGACAUCUCAGAGAACUGGCACCCCAUCCUUAGUGUGAUACGGGAGAACUUUUCAUCCUGGGACCGGGACUGUGUAAGCGAGCAGCUUAAGAUCUUCCUCAGGGACUUGGAGUGGGGACGCGAGCAGCAGCCAAACUUCUGGAAGAGGCUCCACUUUCGCCGGGUAGAGAGGGGAGUUCGUCAAACUCUGCAGAUGCUGGAGAAGGACAAUCUGCCUGCGUCUGCAAUAAACAAGAAGUAGUUCUGAAAAUGCAGAGAUCAACACCCGAGUGAAUCUACACAGACCAGGAGCUUCAUUGGUGCAAGGAAACAAUCCUCUACUCAGCACCAGUGGAAUCAAGAUACCAACAAUAAUUUAAUGUGCAUAGUACAAUACCAAAAACAUAGUAACUUCUCACUGCAUAUUGAAUGAUUUACAGGCACAUGGGGUCUGGGUGAAGGUUACGUGUCAACAUCUGUGUAAAUCUGUUUACUUUGUAGCAUCCACCAUUUCUCAGGUUUGAGUGUUGGACUAAUGAAGCACUUCCUCUGCUUUAACACCAGUAAUAGUGCUGUUUAGCUGUUCACUUAUUUUUUGUGCAUGAAAAAAGACUGGACAGAGUAAAAACUAGUCCUAAACUCUUGGAUGAAAAUCAUCACAGCAUGACAAUGGUCUGUGCUGUGAGGGUCUGUUUUGCCGCACACACUUCUAUCAGUGUCCCGGCACCUUUCAUUCCACCUAGAGGACGGUCCAGACAGCCUCAGCUGGAUGGCUGUGUUCACAUAAUUUUUAUGGGUGUCUGGUUUCCCCACAGGGAAGCAGGUCACUGGAGAUGUGAUCUGGUAGACAAGGAACCACUUCACCAGCCACCAUAUGUUUUCAAGCAGUUUUCUCUGCAUCAUUAUCUACAGUCAUAAUAUCAGGAAAAGGUUCAGGGAAUGUGGAGAGAUCUGGGUGAGAAGCAUGUGAUCAGACUGGUUCUGUGAUUAGCUCAGUGUCAGCCUUGGUCCUGGCCUCAUCAGGUGCUCAGGACUAAAACCUGUGUGAGAGGCAGCUCACACUUUAUGACUGCAGGACAAUGAUUGACCACAUCCUGUUCUAGUGCGUCCAACUGCUGCCUGUGAAGCGUCCUGGAAGCAUCCUGGAAGCAGGAUAUAGUAAAAGGAUAUAGUGAUUUCCCCAUUGCGAGACAAUAAAGGUAUUCUAUCUAUCUUCUA